AGGUAUUUGGGUCUUAAAAGAGCAUAUGCUUGUUAUAAUUCGUCAAUUUGAAUACUAUGGUGGGUUUAUCAAUGUGUCAAUAAAGUCUUAUACAAGUCAGAGAGCGUUUUGGGAUGUGUCUAUUAUUAACAAUUUUGGUGGAUUUGUUCGUAAAAUAUCUUACAACACAAGUCAUAAUGACUAUUUCACUUAUAAUAUUAUUCUUAAGUACGAUGAAAUAAAAACCUCAAAACUUAAUCAGGAAAGAAAAGAGGAUUUAAAAUGCGAUACAUAUUUAAAGGAGGUGAAAAGCUAUAAUUCCUAUUUAUCGGAAUUAUUGAACAAUGAUCAAUAUCAAAUGAUUGGAUUUUAUCUUACUUUUGACUAUCAAUCAAAUGGGAAAAAUAUAGAAAACUCAAUGUAUUUGUUCUCUGUAGAUGUAUUUUUGUAUGGUUUAAAAAGAUGUCAAAAAGGAUGGGUUUUAAAUAAAGUUGGAAACAGCUGUGUUGAUUAUGAUGAGUGCAAAAGCUUGAAUCCCCCAUGUUCGUGGAAAAACAGCGUAUGUAUAAAUACAAAUGGAAGCUAUAAUUGUUCUUGUAUGAAGGGAUGGUUUUUGGAUGGUGAAAGCUGCUUGGAUCAUGAUGAGUGUAAUAAUACAAAUCCUCCUUGCCCUUGGAACCGUGGAGUUUGCCAAAAUCUUAAUGGUAGUUAUUUGUGCACUUGUUUGAAUGGGUGGCAAUUAGGUUUCGAUAAUGUUAGCUGUGUGGAUUAUGAUGAGUGUAAUAGCACAAAUCCACCGUGUUUUUGGAACAAUGCUGUUUGUAAAAAUCUCAAUGGUAGCUAUAUGUGUUCCUGUAUAGAUGGAUGGUUUUUGAGUCAUAAUAAUGCAAGCUGUGUUUCAGAACAAAAUGUUUCUCAAAAUGCAAUGCUAAAUGUUUCUGGAUAUAAAAAAAUAUAUAUUAUCUUGGCAGCAGUUUUAGCUCCUAUUUUGGUUGUUGUUGCUGCUUUGGUUUUGAGAAUUCUUAAGAACAAAAAAACAAGUCUAAUAUUCAGGAAUUCAAAUCAUUUUAUUUAUGCAAGCUCCAAGGAGUACUACAAGGUUUCUUCUCAGGAAUGGAAGAUUUCUUACAAAAACAUUAUUUUAGAAAAAAAAAUUGGCGAAGGAGCAUUUGGUAACGUUUUUGUCGCGAAGAUUAAUGCAAACGUUCUUGCCAAAACAAAGUAUUUUAGUAAUUCUAGAAGCAGUUCAUUUGCUGAUUGUCAAUGUGUGAUCAAAAGUUCUGAUGUUGAUGUUGCAGUUAAAGUUUUGAAAGAUGGUGCAAAUCAAUCUGAGUUGAAUGAUUUUAUUGAAGAAAUAAAUCUUAUGAAAGAGACUGGAUAUCAUAAAAAUAUUGUCAGUAUGAUUGGUUUUUCCAGCAUUGAAAACUCUUUAUGUUUAAUUGUUGAGUAUAUGGAAAAUGGAGAUUUGUUGCAGUUUUUACGAAAUAACCGCUCUAAAAUAUCAAAGAAAAAUGGGGAACUUGCUAGUUUUAUUUACACUUUAGAGUUUCAAGAUGAUCUUGAGGUAAUAGAAAAAACAAAAAACGAGAUUCAGCUAAUGGAGAUUGACUUGCUAACACCUAAUGAUUUGCUACGUUUUGCAUGGCAAGUAGCAUCUGGAAUGGAAUAUCUUUCUUGUAUAAAACUCAUACAUCGAGACCUUGCCGCACGAAAUGUAUUGGUCGGUGCAGACAAAAAUCUUAAAAUAUCUGAUUUCGGUUUGACAAGGAAAGUUAAUAAUCAUGCGUAUAUUGGUAGCAAAACCCGUCGCUUACCAAUCAAGUGGAUGUCAACUGAAGCAAUAUUUGACCAUACAUUUACUUCAUGCAGUGAUGUGUGGUCAUACGGUAUAGUUUUAUUUGAGAUUGUUACUUUAGGAGGAACACCAUAUCCUACUAUUCCCAACUGUGAACUUCUAACACUUUUAAAGUCUGGUUACAGAAUGAAUCGACCUGAAAACUGUUCUGAACAAAUGUAUGACGUAAUGUUGCACUGUUGGAAUCAAGAUCCAUUACAGCGACCCACGUUUACUGAGUUACGUGAGUUUUUUGAUCAAAUUUUAUCUGAUGGCAGCUUUUAUGUUGAUAUGAAUAUCAAUGAAAAAAAUGUUUAUUACAAUACUGAUGCCUUCCACUGCAUAUCUGCUGAAACAAAAGUUCAAGCAACAAAAGAAUGAAUAAUCCUUAAGCUAUAUAU